GGGGCGGCCCCGUCCUUCCUGCCCCUUCCUCCCGCCUUCCCUCAUGCCUGAGGCGGCCGGACGGCGACCCCGGGGCUGAGGCUGCCGGCGGCGGGGCCGCCGGUCGCCCGCCCUCCCUGAGCGUGUGGCGCUGCGGGGCCUUCCCCCCGGGGGCCGGCCGGCCGCCAUGACAUCCCUGACCCAGCGCAGCUCGGGCCUGGUGCAGCGCCGCACCGAGGCCUCCCGCAGCGCCGCCGACAAGGAGCGGGCCGGGACCGGCGGAGGAGCAGGAGGAGGAGGAGGAGGAACGGCCGCCUCAGCGGGAGGAGGAGGAGGAGGAGGAGGGAGCGGAGCAGGAGGGGAGGACGACGACGAGCCCACCCGCCGCCACGACCAGGACGACGGCGACGACAAGGGCGACUCCAAGGAGACGCGCCUCACCCUCAUGGAGGAGGUGCUGCUCCUGGGCCUCAAGGACCGAGAGGGUUACACAUCAUUUUGGAAUGACUGCAUAUCCUCUGGAUUACGUGGCUGUAUGCUAAUUGAGUUGGCUUUGAGACGGCGUCUGCAACUGGAGGCUUGUGGAAUGAGACGCAAAAGUCUUUUAACAAGAAAGGUGAUCUGUAAAUCAGAUGCCCCAACUGGUGAUGUUCUCUUGGAUGAAGCCUUAAAGCAUGUUAAGGAGACUCAGCCUCCAGAAACAGUCCAGAACUGGAUCGAACUGCUGAGUGGGGAGACAUGGAAUCCAUUAAAACUGCAUUACCAGCUAAGAAAUGUACGUGAACGAUUAGCUAAAAACCUGGUGGAAAAAGGUGUACUGACAACAGAGAAACAGAACUUCCUUCUCUUUGACAUGACGACGCACCCACUCACCAACAACAACAUUAAGCAGCGCCUCAUCAAGAAAGUCCAAGAAGCAGUCCUUGACAAAUGGGUGAACGACCCUCACCGCAUGGACAAGCGUUUGCUGGCUCUUAUUUACCUAGCUCAUGCUUCAGAUGUCCUUGAGAACGCUUUUGCCCCCCUUUUGGAUGAGCAGUACGAUUUAGCCACAAAAAGAGUGCGGCAGCUUCUGGAUUUAGACCCUGAAGUUGAAUGUAUGAAGGCCAACACUAAUGAGGUCUUGUGGGCGGUAGUGGCAGCCUUCACCAAGUAACUGUUCUCCAGCUGAAGUGUUCUUCUCGUUCCUUUCUGUGAAUCAAUUGUUUUCUUCUCCCAAAUUCAUGUUUUCUGUCCUUCGUAUCUUCUCAUUUCAUAAAUUGGCUCAUUUCGUGGAAAUGAUGGGGGGUUUACCCUUUUCUUUGCGCCUGUAUGCGGGAUUCUGCUGGUUAUAAGAGACCUUCCUGUUUUUCUUCAACUUACUGCCAUAUUGGCAUUGCAUUUCAUAUUGAAUUCCAGCUCCUUGUGAUGAUCACUGUACCUAUUUUUCCUUUCUUGGUUCCUGGAAUGUUUUGAUUCUCCAAGUACCUCUAAUGCCGCAUGCACCUCUUUUUGGAUUACCUCAUUUUGAGUUCCUCCCCGUGUGCAUGUGCCUCUAGCACUCUGCAGUACAAUUCAGACAAAAGUCACAAAAAGGCCUUUAACUCACCAAAGUUAAAUAUCCGCAUCUAUUAGGGUAUUUUAUACAUAGACUUCAGUUGAGAUGUGUAUGUAGCGAAAUUAUUUUCAAAUUGAAGCCGCUCAAUAAAUAGUAUGAAAGGCCCCUUGGAGUGUUCUUCCCUUGUGAAUCUAUCGUAUGCUGAUCUCUGUUCUGGUUUUAACGACUGAAUCAUUAGGCUCUUGUCAAAAGGUCCACCUGUUUCACACAAAGCAAAUUUGGGAUGGGAUGCAUUCCAGUGUGUUCUGUAUAUAGUUUGAAUUAUAUAUUAACAUCUUCCUCCACCCUAGUAUUUAGCAUAAUUCAGUUAGCGGUACACCUGAUGUUCCCUUCUUGCUUUCUGCCACUGGGAGAAGAGAAACCUCUUACCAAGGGGUGUGUGUGUGGCGGGUGUGUGUGUGUGUGUGUGUGUGUACUUGAGCUCAAUGCCUACUGACCUGUGCCGCUUACGGUGCUUUCUGCCUAUGCAUCUCCUUGGUGGAUGACUGCUGUAUGGAAAGAGACUUCAUUCCGUCACCCUGUCUAUAUCUAUUUCUGAAUGGAAGAGGCUUGUGACCAGUACAGAUCUUGAGUACAGUUUUUUUUAAAUUUCGUCGGUCCAUAAGUUUAACCGUUUGUCUCUCUUAAAUGUCAUUUAUUCUACUUAACACUUUCAGGAAAAAAAAAAAAUCAAAAGUCUAUCCUAGCAGGUGUUGCAUGUAAAUUUUUAGCAGGUAAUGACUACAGCUCAGAUGAUACGAUUUCUGUAACACAAAGCUCUGCUAUGUUUUAAAUUUUUUUAUACAAUAUGCUAAUUAGCACAUGGUAAAAAAUAUAAACCUUGGCUUUUUUAAGUCUAUUAUCACUUAUUUACCACUGCUUGUCAUAUCACCGUUGGUUUCACAAUGUAAAUACUACACAUUGAACAAAUUGAACAUCAAAAUUUUUUUUAUCAUCAUAGUGCAUAUUAAUAGUGGGGCUUUCAGGUGUUUAGAAGUUUUUUUUUGGUUAACAUUCAGAGCAAAAAUACUAGGUGGUGUAUAACUGUAGAGAUGAAAUUUAAGGGAUCCUUAAUCUGUAUACUAGCUUUUUAUCUACAGUAAAUAAACUAUGAUCUUGAAAGUGCCUGAACCAGA